CACUCAGCCCGUAGUGUCCGGUCGGAAGCGUGCACUGACGUGCAUCUAUGCACUCUGUUGCAGAAUUCAAAGUGAUGUUUACCGUGUCCCGAGUAAACACUGGCGGACAGACGAAGUUGUAAUGCGACAUCUGGGCACGCUGAAUCUCAUUGUUCCGUUUCGCUACUUUUAUCCAGGAAAAUCUCAUUUUGAAAAUGUUACGGCACCAGGGAAUAAAUUACGUGACAGUUAUAACAAUUCUGCUUUCUGCCGGCUACAGUGAGGCUGCAUUCAGAAACUUGGAAUCUCUUAAGACUCUGAUAAAUAUUGGUGCCAUAUUACCACCAAACACAAUUACUGAGGUGGCAUUUGCCUCCGCUCUAGCCCGCGCUUCUAUGGAGAGUGAACAUUACCUGUUUGUAAUGAAAGUGGAAUAUGUACCAAAUGAGGACAGUUUUGCUGCGGCUAAAGCAGCCUGCAAGCUGAUAUCGGCGGGAGUGAUCGCAAUAUUCGGCCCCACUGAUGCCACUUCAGCAUCCGUUGUGGAGGCACAAUGCAGGGCUGCUAGAAUUCCUCACAUUCAGGCCGUGUGGCGUCCGCCGCCCAUUCGAGGCUACCAUCAACCGACACCGCCAGGCAUCAACUUGUAUCCUGAGGCAGUGGCCCUGUCGAAGGCUGUCGCGCAUUUUAUCAAGGACAGCGAUUGGAACUCCUACACGUUGCUUUACGACGAUGAUUAUGGUCUAAUAAGGCUUCAAGAAAUCCUCAAAUAUGCCGACCCGGAACACAAAUGGUCGGCCAGAAGACUAGUGCCCGGCGGAGACAACCGGCCCUUGAUGAAGUCGUUGAAGUUAGCCGGUGAAAGCAGGGUCAUCCUAGACUGUCCUCCUCACAGGGUGAUGGAUUAUCUGCGCCAAGCGAACGAGGUGCAGUUCUUUCAAGACUAUAUGAGCUACGUUCUUAUGUCACUAGAUGCACACACGUUGGAUUUAGAAGAACUGCGUUACGGUCUGUCGAACGUGACUUGCCUGCGGAUAUUCGCUCAUGAGGACUCAAGGACGCGCUCGUAUUUAGCCGAUUGGAAAGUUAGAGCCUCGCCCGAAGUGAAGAUACCGAAAGAUACACAAGACAUUACAGUUGAGGUGGCAUUAGCCAGCGACGCCGCAAGACUGAUUACGGAUGCAGUGGAAAGCGCUCCAGAGGAAUUUAAAGUUGAAGCGCAGGAACUUGAAUGUAACUCUGAAAGUCAGUGGGACAUCGGGGAAGAAUUCAUCAAUCACAUAUUAACGAACCCAAUAGUAGGGAUAACAGACCAGAUAAUGUUAGACAAUACAACGGGCGAACGUAUUAAUUUCAACGUGGAAAUAAUGGAAUUAUCAAACAGCGGGUUUAACAGCAUUGCGAAAUGGAAUCCAGAUACCGGCUUUGUGUACGUGCGAUCGCAGGACGAAGUUUCCGAUCUACUUGCAGAAAAAUGGCAAAAUAAAACUUUUCGGGUCGUGUCCCGAAUCGGGGCCCCCUAUCUUGUAGAAAGGGUUCCUGAAGAAGGCGAAGAACUAACAGGAAACGACCGCUACGAAGGUUACUCAAAAGACUUGAUACACGAAAUCCUUAAAGAAACGCUCCAUUUAAAUUAUGUGAUUGAGAUCGUGCCAGGAAAUUUAUACGGUUCUUACCAUAAAGAUACAAGGAAAUGGGACGGGCUUGUCGGCCAUCUUUUAGAAAGGAAAGCCGACUUAGCAAUAUGCGACCUAACGAUAACCUACGAGCGGCGUUCGGCGGUAGACUUCACCACCCCCUUCAUGACCCUGGGCAUCAGUAUUCUGUAUUCUAAACCUAUUCCUCCGGAGCCAGAACUCUUCGGCUUCCUGAAGCCGUUCUCAGUCGAUGUCUGGAUUUAUAUGGCUGGUUCUUUUCUCAUGGUGUCUCUGCUUUUACACAUUUUAGCAAGGCUAGCACCAAAUGAUUGGGAAAACCCACAUCCCUGUGACAAGUCGCCCGAAGAGCUGGAAAAUAUAUGGCAUAUUAAAAACUCGGCUUGGCUCACCAUGGGGUCUAUUAUGACUCAAGGCUCCGACAUUUUGCCAAAGGGUUACUCCACCCGCUGGGUGUGCGGAAUGUGGUGGUUCUUCGCACUCAUCAUGUGCUCGUCGUACACGGCUAACUUGGCUGCCUUCUUGACCAACGCGGCUAUGGACGAUUCCAUCAAAAGCGCGGAAGACUUGGCGGCGCAGUCUAAGAUCAAGUAUGGGACAGUUAAUGGUGGCUCCACUUAUUCGUUCUUCAAGCGAUCUAACUUUUCUACAUAUUCAAAAAUGUGGACAGCAAUGGAAUCCGCAAGACCGUCGGUUUUUGUGCCGAACAACGAUGUAGGCGUAGAAAGGGUGCUUAAAGGCAAAAGGGAGUAUGCAUUUCUGAUGGAGUCUACGGCCAUUGAGUACCAGCUGGAGCGAAAUUGCGAAUUAAUGCAAGUGGGCGGCUUACUUGACUCGAAGGGAUACGGUAUCGCAAUGCCUUUUUUCUCCUCCUAUCGCACUGCUGUGGACAAUGCUGUUUUGAAAUUAGCCGAAAGUGGGAGACUAGUGGAACUUAAGAAUCGAUGGUGGAAAGCGCCGGAGGAGAACGCGUGUGUUUCAGAGGAAGCAGGCGAAGAAGGAGCGAGUGCAGCAGAACUGGGAGUGGACAAUGUCGGUGGAGUGUUUAUAGUGUUGGGCACCGGCUGUGGAAUAGCAGCCGCCAUGGGAAUAUUUGAGUUCUUAUGGCAUGUUAAGGAUGUCGCUAUAGAACAAAAGAUGUCACGGACUGAAGCAUUUUGGGCGGAGUUCAUCUUCGCGCUCAGUUUCUGGGAGACGGAGAAACCCGUGGCUCACUCCAGGCCAUCUUCAUCAGCAUCCGGUUCGGGCAGUGACAACCACUCCCGCGCCUCCUCGGUGUUGCGCUCGGCUGCUGACUUGUUCCGUUUAGACGUUUUUAAGUGAA